AUGCUGAAACGUCGGAUUAAGAUGAUGGACACCACUUCUACACUAGAUCAAAUACUGGACUCAAGAAGGACAAUCCCUACUACCUACGACUUAGGUUUCUCUGGGAACAAAGGCAAAAGCGGGAUUGUGUUUGUGAAAGCUACUCGUUUUGACUCUGCCUCAGGAUCUGGCCCAGAGGUUCAGUCCAGCAAGUCGAAGACAAUGAUCAGAAAUAUGAAACAUUCACUGCUUAAAUAUAAACUCUAUAAACAUGUUUGCCAUUAUUGCAGAGUUAGAGGACACACAAGACCAGAGUGUUUUUAUUUCUACAAAGACCAGCGAAGAGAAAAAUUCACGAACAAAAAUAUCACGCCCUUUGUUAAGCAAGUUUGGGUAAGAAAACACGACUUUGUGUGCCAUGUUUCGUUUCACUCUACCAGCACCAACCGAGAAGAAAGGUGGUACUUUGACAGUGGUUGCUUGCAACACAUGACUGGAAAUCCAUCUUAUCUAACCAACAUCAAAAAGAGCAAAGGUGAAGUUACUUAUGGUGACAGGGUCAAAGAACAAAUUAAUGGCACUAGUGCCCUUAACGUUUCAGGUCUGCCCAAGCUUAUUCAAGUUCUUCUAAUCUCUGGUCUUCAUGCGAAUCUCAUAAGCGUAAGCCAACUGUGUGAUCAAGAGUGGAAUGUGUGCUUUACAAAAGGACGGUUGCAAUGUCAUGAAUGUCAACUAGCAGUGUGUAAUGGAAGGUCCAGUACCAGAGACUUGGAAAUAUGGCAUCAAAAACUAGGCCAUUUGAACUACAGGUCACUCGACAAACUAGUGACAAUUGACGGAGUUCGUGGAUUACCCAACAUGAAGGUUGAGGCAACAAGUGUCUGGAUGUUCGACGAUCUGUGUGCAAGCCUGGGAAUAACUCAUGAAUACUCAGCUCUCAAAACACUGCAACAGAACGGAGUUGUAGAAAGGAAAAAUAGGACCAUCCAGGAAAUGGCCAGGGUACUUCUAAACGCCAAAAGACUACCUCAAAAGUUCUGGGCAGAAGCAGUAAACACUGCAUGCUACACCAUAAACCGAGUCUACCUUCUACCAGGAACUCAUCAGACAGCUUAUGAGAUUUGGAAAGGUAAGAAACCAAAUAUUCAGCACUUUCAUAUCUUCGGUUCACGGUGUUUUAUUUUGAAGGAUUGUCAUCCAACGGCAAAGUUUGAGCCAAAAAGUGAUGAAGGGGUUUUUCUUGGUUAUUCCCCGAAUAGUCGUGCUUACCGAGUGUAUAACAAAACCUCGAAAACCAUCCUGGAAUCCAUAAACGUUGUAGUUGAAAAUCAACAUGAAACUAUCUAUGAUCUCCCUACAUCUGGUACUGCGCCAGAACCUAAGACAGAAGUUCAGCAGCCUUCUAACGCUAAUCCUAUCCCUGAGUCAGAACCAACCUCUCCUCCAACCCUUUCACCAUCUAACCCAGAGUCUGAACCAGAUCAAGAAACAGAUGACCUAGAUGCACCUACUCGAAUUCAAAAGUAUCAUCCGACACAAAAUAUUAUUGGGGAUCCCUCCUCUGGAGUACGAACCAGGGGCAGAAAGCGUUAUUAUCUUGAGCUAGCAGGAUACUCAUGUUAUACGUCCAAGAUAGAGCCAAAAAAUGUGAAAGAUGCCCUGACAGACAAGCACUAG